CUAACUAGCUAGUUACUUGAAGAUUAAAGAAAGAAACAAUAUAUGAGAGCGAAGGAAAGAGUACUAUAUAUAUCACAUCGAGUUGAAGAGCUAAAGAUACACAAAUCGAAAAGAGUGAGAGUGAGAGUGAGAGAGGCUGCAUACAGCAUCUCAGUACUAUUGCUUCUAGGAAAGGAAAGUGGCUCUGCUGCUACUGCUGCUGCUUGAACCAAACAAUUAAUUGCCCUUCUCCAGUACAGGCCAAGGCAGCAAAGUGCAAUAGAUGGGAGAAAUUCGUUCACCAUAUUUUUCACUUGACCAAUAUCACUAUGGAGAUAAUUCUGAUAUUCAUUCGCCGUGCUUUUCGUAUGGCGUAGAGGACUUUCAAGGAGAUAAUGCUGAAAUUCAUCCACCUUAUUCUUCAGCCGGAGACUACCUUGCAGAUAAUACUGAAAUUCAUUCUGAAGCAUUGUUUCAUCAAGAUAUUUCUGGAAAUUCAUACAAUGCACAACAAUUUGUUAAGCAUGGAAAAGUACUCCGUCAUGCUAGAGUAGCUUUGACAAAUGAACAAGAGAGUGAUGUGUGCAUCUACAGAGUUGGCGAGGCACUUCGCAAAUCAAAUGAAGCCAUGUACAGUCCUCAAAAAAUUUCUAUAGGCCCUAUUCACCACGGCAACAGAAAUCUGCGUUUCAUGGAAGGGAAAAAGUAUGAAUACUAUGAACAGUUCUGGAAUGACAGGGUGUCAAAAAGCGAACGGAAAAGGGCCGAGGACGAGUUCUGGGAUGCCCUGCAAGAAGAUGAAAAUAAGAUCCGCCAACGUUAUGAAGAUGGUUCCCAUGGAAUUGAAAAUUCUGAAGACUUUCUGGAUCUGAUUCUGUACGAUGCUGUAUUCAUCUUCCAGCUAUUCCUCAAGUACAGUGAAGAUAGAGAGGAGUUUAAAAAAGAUUCUGUAUUGAAAGUAACAGGGUUGAGGCUGGCGAUUCUACGGGACUUGAUUUUGUUUAAAAUCAGCUUCCAUUCUUUAUUCUUGAGAAAUUAUAUAAAAAACUUCCAGAAAACAUUAAAGGAAAACACACGGAAUUUAUAACUCUUGCUUGUUCCUAUU